AUGUCUCGACUCAAUGACUACCUACCCAGCUUCCCUAAAGGCGGCGCCAAUCCGCUCUCAAGUCAUCGGGGCGAUAUGGGUUUUGGUACCUAUGGUUAUGACCGAAGUGGUGCAGAGUUAGGGGCAACUAUACUGCCCGAUGACGGCCACUCGCACAGCAGCCUUGAGCUACCUCCACAGUACGGCACCCCCAACUCAGGCAGCUACAUCGAGACCAGCCACACCAGCUUUACCAAUUUGAGCAACGCAGGUGGCAACCUUACCCAAGACCCCAGGUGGGAAAACUACCUCAUAUACCAAUAUCCCCCUCCCGGGAACAUAUACACGGUGCUAGAGGCUGACUAUAUAUCACCCCCCCGGUCCGGCGGCCCCCCGGGCUACCCCUUCCAGAUCCAAAGCCCCUCGCCGGCUCAAGCAACCGGAUAUGCUAUAG